AUGGCAGAGGGAUUGAUGUCAAGAUUCGAAAAUUCACAGAAAGAUCUACCCAAGUGCCUCUACACAGACCGUGAAUGCUGCAACCAAGACGGUCCAUCUAAGUUUAAGGUCCUGUUUUCCAAGUGGACAGAUUUAAAAAUCCGUCUCGAUAUAUGGCAUUUUAUGCGACGCCUUGCCCUUGGUUGCACUUCAGAGAGUCAUCCAUUAUAUGGCACCUUCAUGUCCCGGCUAUCCAGCGCCAUAUUUGAAUGGGACAAGACAGAUUUAGCUAAUCUUAAGGCUGCCAAAAAGAAGGAAAUAGAAGCCUCUGGUAUUCCAAAUCCGAGUGAGUCUGCUAUAAACAAGGCGAUAACUAAGGGAGAAUUAGAGAGCUUGACAGGGGUAACAGAUUCACUUGGUGUUGCCAUUCUGAAGGAAGAGCUCAACACAAUCUGGAGCGAGCAGAAAAAGCAUGUUGCCUGCAUACAAGAUAUGGAAGGCCUCAAGCUUUAUACAGUGACAGGUGACAUGUCGAAAGUUAGGGAGAAACUUCCUGUGUAUCGCUGUGCCAGAGGUUCCACAUCUCUGGAGUCGUUCCACAGCCACAUGGUGAAGUUUAUUCCUGGUACCUCCGCAAGUGUUGUCAACUUCCAGGCUUACCUUCUAGAUGGUGUAUCAAGAUGGAACUACCUACGGUCAGCAGCAGCCAUGAAUGUAGGACCAACACCAUUUAGAACGUUCGACUUUAGGUUAACGCAGAAAGUGAAUUCUCUCAGCCAAUCACUCCACAACAAGUCGCUGGUUCCUGUCCACAUGAUCCCAGCAGAAUAUACAGGGGAGUUGAUUGGAAUUGAGUACCUGUACAAACAGAGUGGCUUCUUGUUACCAAAGGAUGAAGAGCUUGAAGCUGAAAUAGAUGAAGGCUUUGAAGACUUUGAGGACGACGCGCAACAAGCUCUCAACUUUGGUAAUGAGCUAGAGGAAGACGUUCUGCCAGCUGCCCCGGUGUACUCCAGUGACAGUGAGGAUGACGAAAAAGAUGAUGACGAUCAGGAAGAGGAAGAGGAAGAAGAGGAACUAUCAGUAAGUGUUGACUCUCGAGGUAUUCCUGGCUGGGAUAAGGUGGAGGCCCUAGCACUGGCAUUAAUCCAGCUCAAAGGCAUCAGCAUCACAGCUGCUGAGGCUAAUAAUAUCAAACAGUUGUUUGAUGUUUUGCUGGAUUUUGACAGGAGGCCAAUCAAGUAUACAGCCAAGGUCAAGAAGCCAUCAAAGGGACGCUUUGCUAGAUCAAAAGGUGGUUUUGUUGGUGUAGAUGCUGUCAAAAGAUAUUUAUUUAACAGUAAAAAUUUACAUCAAGCAUACAAUUAUUAUAUAAAAAUAAAAAUAGAACUAAACAUCUGUAUAGUAGAACUCUUGACCGAAAUCGAAAUCCAAGAGUUCAAUAUAGAUGAUUGUUUUCUAAAAACAUUAUAUUCACCUAAAAUUUUCUCUACCAAAAAGAAGGAAAUAGAAGCCUCUGGUAUUCCAAAUCCGAGUGAGUCUGCUAUAAACAAGGCGAUAACUAAGGGAGAAUUAGAGAGGCAUUGUCGCAGAAGAACGAGGGGUGUAAAGAAAACAACGGAGGAAAUUGAAUCCCUUAUUUUGAGCUUGACAGGGGUAACAGAUUCACUUGGUGUUGCCAUUCUGAAGGAAGUGCUCAACACAAUCUGGAGCGAGCAGAAAAAGCAUGUUGCCUGCAUACAAGAUAUGGAAGGCCUCAAGCUUUAUACAGUGACAGGUGACAUGUCGAAAGGUAGGGAGAAACUUCCUGUGUAUCGCUGUGCCAGAGGUUCCACAUCUCUGGAGUCGUUCCACAGCCACAUGGUGAAGUUUAUUCCUGGUACCUCCGCAAGUGCUGUCAACUUCCAGGCUUACCUUCUAGAUGGUGUAUCAAGAUGGAACUACCUACGGUCAGCAGCAGCCAUGAAUCAAUUCCUACAUGUAGAACCAACAGAGAACAGUUUUAUACCAACGAAGACAGGUCUUCCUACCUCUGAAUGGAUCAAACGCCUCAGCGAUUAUGCCUCGGGAACUUUUUUGUUUGGGCGUGGUCAAAGACCAUCAACUGGUUCGCGCUGGGCCAAAGAAUUAACAGCCAUAGACAACUGUCCUCGUCAUAAAUCUGUUGUCAAGAAAGAUCUAUUCGGUAAUGUUGUACAGUGUUCAUGUGAAUAUCAUAAAGAAAAGGCCACGAGUAAACCCAGUACAUCUCAUUCGAGCACACCAUCAGCUACAGUCACCUCGGCAGAAAGUGGGCAGGGGGAUAUAAAGGUACUGGCUGAUUAA